AUCAUCUCGAUCGGAUAGUAUCUUCGCCACACACAAGACAACACAUAUUUGUUUUCCUUCUGUUUACGACGCCGUUAGGGUUAGAGGACAGAGUCCCCACAGCAGCCGUUAAUGUAGGCAAAGACAUCAAUGACCAACAACUCAGUAGCAAUUAUAGUUUUUGCAGCAUUAUUUAGUAUCAGUCCGAUAAAAAGAACAAUUGAAGAUUAAAAACUAGAAGUAUGCACAAAGCCGAACGAAUGUCUUUGGAUAGAAUCAGCACGCUUCCUCAACCCAUAUUAGAAGCCAUCCUUUGUCAUUUAUCAACUAAAGAGGCGGCAAGGACAAGUAUUCUCUCAAGAGAGUGGAGGUACAAGUGGACCACUAUUCCUAAACUAGAGUUGUCUCAUAGCGUGUGGUGUGAGUCUGCCUCCAAUCAAACAUCCGGCAUAGCAAGUUCAAGGAGAAACAGAAACAUGCGGUGUAAAUCUUGCUAUGAUAUGCAACACAUUCUGCUGCUGCGCCAGGGCCCAAUACAUGAGCUCAGUUUUUAUAUACCUGAAGAUGAUUGUUUGGGAUUAGAUCCAAUAAUGCUUCAUUUGUCGAGGAACCAUCCGGUCAAGAAACUAACACUUUCUAAUUGGGAUUGUUACAGUAGCUAUAAAUUACCUACAUCUCUCUUCUCGUUUCAUCACUUAACAGACCUUGAUAUCAAUUGUCUUGAUAUCAAUUGUCUUGAUCUUGACCAUCCACAAAUAUUCAAUGGAUUUGGGAGCCUUAAAACCUUAUGCUUGAGGUUUGUAGGGAUCUCUUCAAAAACUCUUCUGUGUCUUUUAUCCAAUUGUCCAUCACUUAAGACUUUGACUCUGCUUGUAGGUUAUGCAGAUGAUAAAUGCACCGUUAAUGAGCUAUUUGAGUGUUUACCAAUGAUUGAGCAUCUAACUACUUGGCCUCGUGUCUCUCGGUGGCUUGUACUAGACUUAGUUCUGCAAGUGCUUCCAACCUCACUAAUUCAUCUCAAAGACAUUUGUUUCGAACAAAUAUUUCGUGUUCACGGCUAUGGGUUAGCUUUUCUUCUUGUUUUGAUCAAAUGCUCCCCGAACCUGGAGACAAUUAAGCUAGAGUGUGAUUCAGAUGAUGAUUGUGAGGAAUACUUCGUUGUAUGGGAAGAAUAUUCAGAUGUUUGGUUGGAGCAUCUAAAUGAAUUAGAGAUUGCAUGUUUCAGCAACUCGAAGCCUGAGAUGGAUUUUGUGAAGUUUAUCUUGGCUAGGUCACCCAAGCUGAAGAAGGUCACCAUACGCAGCAUUGUUCAUCGGGAUCAAGAGUCAAAGAUGUUGAAAACUCUCUUACAAGCCCCACGCGUGUCACCGGUAAUAAUAACCGUUCGGUGAGAAACUAAGAGUUGCUUUAAAGACCUUUUGAUCACUCAACUUUCCUGUGAAUUAAUGUUGAGAUUUGUGAUGAUAAUUUGUAGUUUGUAUAAACCUUUAGAUGACUCAACUUGCUUCAAACUUUAGACCUUUGGUCAGUCUUUGGGCU